UGAGGAUCCGACCCACCCGGUUUUCAUUGAACAACGGCGGAGAAAAAGGAAAAAGGUAAAGAAGCAAAGCCCUAGAGGCCGACCGGUCCGUUUUUCUCUUCAACUUCUUUGCCAUUGAAGGUUGCCGAUCCGAUUAAGUCAUAAAGAAUGGGCAAGAAAGCUGGUGGACUUUAUAUAAACCCAAAGAAAUUUGGCACCCUCUCAAAACCUUGCAUGAAAGAAAUGAUAUCUUUUCUCAAUUGCUUGUCCCUUAACAAGAAUAAUGACGAUAAAUGUGUUCGGCAGAAGGACCUUUUGAGUGCCUGUAUGGAUGCCCAGAGUAACAGGAACAGAAAGCCCUGGGGCAGCAUCAAUUACCACCUGCAGAGGCUUAACAGGGGAAGGAAGUAGUGUGAGUUUUGUUCUUUUUUUUUGUAAGAAGAAUGUUAAAUUUAUGUAUCAUUCUUCAAGUUCAUCACUUCUGGUGGUUUAGCAGAGGAAGAAGUGUAUUGGUUGUUAGCUAGAUAGAGAACAAUGAUGUAUCAUUACCUAAUUGGAUUGUUUUGAGGUUGCUGAUGAAAGUUUUGGAAAGUUGAUUUUAAAUAAAAUUUUUAUGUAGCUUAAAUUAAUUCUCCAUCA